UCCACUAUAUAUGCAUCACUGCAGCUUACUCGAUCGAUCGAGCUGAACGUAGACAGAGAAACAAUAAUGGCUUCCGUCCUCCACCUCCUCCCGCUCGUCGUCGUCGUCGUCUUCCUCGCGGCGGCCGCUGCCGACGCGGCCACCUUCACCGUGACCAACAAGUGCCAGUACACCGUGUGGGCGGCGGCGGUGCCGGGCGGCGGGCAGCAGCUGGACAACGGGCAGACGUGGAGCAUCAACGUGCCGGCGGGCACGACGGGCGGCCGCGUGUGGGCGCGCACGGGGUGCUCCUUCGACGGCAGCGGCAACGGGCAGUGCCAGACUGGGGACUGCGGCGGCGUGCUGCGGUGCACGCAGUACGGGCAGCCGCCCAACACGCUGGCCGAGUUCGGGCUGAACCAGUACCAAGGGCUCGACUUCAUCGACAUCUCCCUGGUGGACGGCUUCAACGUGCCCAUGGACUUUUUGCCCGCCGGCGACGGCUCCGGGUGCCCCAAGGGCGGGCCGCGGUGCGACGCCGACGUCACGUCGCAGUGCCCCGCCGCGCUGAAGGCCACCGGCGGCUGCAACAACCCGUGCACCGUGUUCAAGACCGACGAGUACUGCUGCACCGGCUCGGCGGCCAACACCUGCGGGCCGACGGAUUACUCCAAGUUCUUCAAGGGGCUCUGCCCGGACGCCUACAGCUACCCCAAGGACGACGCCACCAGCACAUACACUUGCCCCGGCGGCACCAACUACAACGUCGUCUUCUGCCCAUGAUUCCAAUUUCCAUGAGCUCCAUCGAGCUGAACGUACGUAUGUAGUUGACCCACGAGACGUGAAAAAUAAAUAAAACUAGCACAAAUAUAUGAAUAAGUUAUGAAUAACUUGUGCAAGAACAAUUGAUACACCAUGCUCCACGUAGCAUGACAUGGUAUCUAGUACACACGUGAGUACGUACGUCGGACAUUUCUAUGUAUCCUUUAAUUCCAUUGUUCUAGUUUCAAGGUUGGCAUGCAAUUGAAUAUUGUGCAAUGAUAUAUCAGAUACAAAUUAAAGGCAUUUAUAAAGAAUAGUUACACUGAUAGUUUUGUUAUAA